ACCUUAAAAAAAAAAGAAAGAAAAGAAAAGAAAAAAAGAGCAAAGAAGAAAAAGAAAAAAAAACGGGAGAGCGAAUCGUGCUGAGUGCCCGCGGGGAAGUGACUUUCGUACGUUUCCGGCCUGCCUGUCUGUCCGCGUCAGUCCGUCCGGUGGUGAGCCGCCCCCAGCCCGCACGGCACGCCUCUGCGCCGCGUGGCAGCCCCGCGCCCCGGCCGGCCGCACCACGUGUCCGCUGCCCUUCGCCGGCACCCGCAAAGAUUCUGUUUCCCCCUUCCCGGGCCGCUGUAAUUGUAAACCGCCGGGAGCCCGGGGCCUAUAUUUAUCGAGAAACGCGUGUCCCCGGGGCCGCUGUUGAGCGCAGCAUCUGUCUGCCUCUUGAAAAAAAAUUUUUUGGCCCCCUUUGCCAGGGGAUUCCCUAGUUUAAUUUUUAUUUUUAAGCCCCAAGCUAGGACAGCUGGAGAGUACAAACUCCAGGAGCGGGCCAUAUUGUUUUUGAAAGCCUUUUGUCUUUGGGGCUUUUGCGGUUCCGUGCAAGCGUUCCCGCACUCCCGUCCCGCCUGCUCCAGCCUUUGCCGGUGUCGCUGGUGCCACCUGUGCGCUGCGGCGCGGGCCACGGCUCCUCGGAGCCCCUUUUGUCCUGCAGUGAGCCCUGUAAGAAGUCCUGGCGGGGCUCGGGGUGGUGGGGGGUGGGGAGAUGAACGCUGCGGCCAGCAGCUACCCCAUGGCCUCCUUGUACGUGGGCGACCUGCACUCGGACGUCACCGAAGCCAUGCUGUACGAAAAGUUCAGUCCUGCGGGGCCUGUGCUGUCCAUCCGGGUCUGCCGCGAUAUGAUCACCCGCCGCUCUCUGGGUUAUGCCUACGUCAACUUCCAGCAGCCAGCUGACGCUGAGAGAGCCUUGGACACCAUGAACUUUGAUGUGAUUAAGGGAAAGCCAAUCCGGAUCAUGUGGUCUCAGAGGGAUCCCUCUUUGAGAAAGUCUGGUGUGGGGAAUGUCUUCAUCAAGAACCUGGACAAAUCUAUAGACAACAAGGCACUUUAUGAUACCUUUUCAGCCUUUGGAAACAUCCUGUCCUGUAAGGUGGUUUGUGAUGAGAAUGGCUCUAAGGGUUAUGCCUUUGUCCACUUCGAGACCCAAGAGGCUGCCGACAAGGCCAUCGAGAAGAUGAAUGGCAUGCUCCUCAAUGACCGCAAAGUGUUUGUGGGCAGAUUCAAGUCUCGCAAAGAGCGUGAAGCUGAGCUUGGAGCCAAGGCCAAGGAAUUCACCAAUGUUUAUAUCAAAAACUUUGGGGAAGACGUGGAUGAUGAUAACCUGAAAGAGCUCUUCAGUCAGUUUGGUAAAACCCUAAGCGUCAAAGUGAUGAGAGAUCCCAGUGGGAAAUCCAAAGGCUUUGGCUUUGUCAGUUACGAGAAGCACGAGGAUGCCAAUAAGGCUGUGGAAGAAAUGAAUGGGAAGGAGAUGAGUGGGAAAGCCAUAUUUGUAGGCCGUGCACAGAAAAAAGUAGAGCGUCAAGCUGAAUUAAAACGGAAAUUUGAGCAGCUGAAGCAGGAGCGAAUUAGUCGGUACCAGGGAGUGAAUCUCUACAUUAAGAACUUGGAUGACACCAUUGACGAUGAGAAAUUACGGAAAGAAUUUUCUCCUUUUGGAUCAAUCACCAGCGCUAAGGUGAUGCUAGAAGAUGGAAGAAGCAAAGGGUUUGGCUUUGUCUGCUUCUCGUCUCCUGAAGAGGCAACCAAAGCAGUCACUGAGAUGAACGGACGAAUUGUGGGCUCUAAGCCGCUGUAUGUUGCCCUGGCGCAGAGGAAGGAAGAGCGGAAGGCUCAUCUGACCAACCAGUAUAUGCAGCGUGUGGCUGGCAUGAGAGCGCUCCCUGCUAAUGCCAUCUUAAAUCAGUUCCAGCCUGCGGCCGGUGGCUACUUUGUGCCAGCAGUUCCGCAGGCUCAGGGAAGACCUCCAUAUUACACACCUAACCAACUAGCACAGAUGAGGCCUAAUCCACGCUGGCAGCAAGGCGGGAGACCUCAAGGCUUCCAGGGAAUGCCAAGUGCUAUACGGCAGUCUGGGCCUCGUCCAGCUCUUCGCCAUCUGGCUCCAACUGGUAAUGCUCCGGCCUCUCGUGGCCUUCCUACUACCACUCAGAGAGUCGGGUCUGAGUGCCCGGACCGCUUGGCUAUGGACUUUGGUGGGGCUGGUGCCGCCCAGCAAGGGCUGACUGACAGCUGCCAGUCUGGAGGCGUCCCUGCCGCCGUGCCAAGCCUUGCACCUCGUGCCGCAGUUGCUGCCGCUGCUCCCAGGGCUGUGGCUCCUUACAAGUACGCCUCCAGUGUCCGCAGCCCUCACCCUGCCAUCCAGCCGCUGCAGGCACCCCAGCCUGCGGUCCAUGUCCAGGGCCAGGAGCCGCUGACUGCCUCGAUGCUGGCUGCAGCACCCCCCCAGGAACAGAAGCAGAUGCUGGGGGAGCGUUUGUUCCCACUCAUCCAGACAAUGCAUUCAAACCUGGCCGGCAAGAUCACAGGGAUGCUGCUGGAAAUCGACAACUCGGAGCUGCUCCACAUGCUGGAGUCCCCCGAGUCUCUCCGUUCCAAGGUGGAUGAAGCUGUGGCAGUCCUGCAGGCUCAUCAUGCCAAGAAAGAAGCCGCCCAGAAGGUGGGCACUGCUGUUGCUGCUGCUGCUGCUGCUACCUCUUAGACAAGGAAAAAGUGUCAAAAGCCAAAUAACCCCUCAUGGCAAAAGCUGAGGUCUGAAGACUCCCUGGUUUGUCUGCCACACAGUUGCAAAUUCAAUAGGUCAUUUUGUAUCAAGAGGUCAAUUAUGAAGCACCUAGAAUUUUUCAAUUAUGAGAAUAUAUUCUCUGGGUUCUGCUAUGGCCCAGGAGGUAAACUUUUUUUUUUCUAUUGUGGGUUCUGAUUUUUUUUCCCCUCCCAGAAAUUGGAUUUAAUGUACCCAAGACUUUUAAGUUUCUCAAUAAAGAAAA